AUGAACCGAAAGGGUGGUUUCGGUCCGAUGACCAAUAGAAACCGAAAGGAGAAGUUCGGUCCUCUAUCCUAUGACAACCGAAAGAACGGUUUCGAUCCUCCACCCAACAACAACCGAAAGAACGGUUUCGGUCCUCCACACAAUAGCAACCGAAAGAACGGUUUUGGUCCUCCACCCAACAGCAACCGAAAGAACGGUUUUGGUCCUCCACCCAACAGCAACCGAAAGAACGGUUUCGGUCCUCCACUUAACAACAAUCGAAAGAGCGGUUUCGGUCCUCCACCCAACAGCAACCCAAAGAGCGGUUUUGGUCCUCCACCUAAAAACAACCGAAAGAGCAGUUUCGAUCCUCAUCCCUCCAAGUUCAGUCAGACUCUCAGAAGAUCCAAUGAUAAUUCUAAAACGAACAUCUCCAAUUCUAGUUUUCUUUCUUCAAAAGAUCUAAAGGUAAAAGGAAAGCUCUUUCAAGACGAUAACAAACAUCCAAAAGAGAUCCAAACGAUGCUAACGACAACACCACAAAUCCCAAACCCACUGAAUCUAAACCAACCAAAACUAAAGUUUUCACCAUAA